AUGGCAGGGAAUGACUCCGUGGUGACCGACUUCGUUCUGAUAGGCUUCCAGCUUCAGACGGAGCUACAGACGGGUCUCUUUGUUGUAUUUCUGAUCGUUUAUCUCAUCACCAUGGGGGGCAACAUGGGCAUGAUCUUGCUGAUUCAGAGCGACACUCGGCUCCAGACUCCCAUGUACUUCUUCCUCAGCCACCUCUCCUUCUUGGACGUUUGUUACUCCACUGUCAUUGUCCCGCAGUUACUCGAAUCCUUGAGGACAGUACAGAUGGUCAUCACUUACGAGCGCUGUGCCACCCAGUUCUUCUUUUUCACGCUCUAUGCGAGUACGGAGUGUUUUCUUUUGGCUGUCAUGGCCUAUGACCGUUACGUGGCGGUGUGUAACCCCCUCCUUUAUGCCACCGCCAUGACCCCGCAGACGCGCCUGUGCCUUGUGGCUGGAGCGUAUGGGGGUGCCAUGUUCAACUCCGUGAUCCGCACCGGCUGCACCUUCUCCAUGUCCUUCUGUAAAUCCAACCAGGUGGACUUCUUCUUUUGUGACCUCCCACCCCUGCUGAAGCUUGCCUGCAGUGAGACCAAGCCGCGGGAACGGGUGAUCUACCUGUUGGCCUUCUCUGUUAUCACCAUCAGCAUUACCGUGAUUCUUAUAUCCUACACAUUCAUCAUUCGGGCUAUUCUGAAGAUUCGCACAACCGGGGGCAAAGCCAAAACAUUCUCCACCUGCGCUUCUCAUAUGACUGCAGUGGCUCUUUUCUUUGGGACGCUCAUCUUCAUGUACUUGAAAGGCAACAUGGGUUCGUCUCUUCAGGAGGACAAGAUUGUGUCAGUAUUUUACACCGUGAUCAUCCCUAUGCUGAACCCCAUGAUCUAUAGUCUGAGAAACAAGGAGGUGAAGGAGGCUGUGAAGAAAGUGCUCAAUAGGAUGAGGGUCUCCCAUGGAGAGUAA